CCAUCAACUGAAUAUAAAAAGGGUCGGGGGGCAAAAGGAAAUCAGUAGCAAUCCAGCGCCGUCAAGUUUCACAUUAUUCUCCUGAUCAGCCAAGCAAUCAUGUCGUCCAGCGAAACCAACCAAGUGCUGCAGCGUCUGAACAGCCUGAAAAUUGUGGAAACUCCCAAGGAGCAGCGGGAGUUGGGCGGCCGGGAGUGCUAUUCCCUGGACAGCAAGAAGUAUGGACUGGUCCCAGCCACCCCCAGCAGUGGAGGACCCGGAAAGUUCCAAACCGAGCUCAAGAAACGUCGCAAGAACAAACUCAACCGAAUUUACACUUACGAGGCCGACAAACAUUUCAUCAAGGCGCGCAAGUCUUUGAACUUCUAAUCACAACACGCCCCGAUGUAAUCACCUUAGUCAUAAUAACUUUGAUUUCAAAUCGAACAACUCAAAUAUUUUUUUCACGCUCCUAUACAAUAAAAUAUAUACAUACAAUUUAA